AUGGACGACGAUCAAAGAGACACAGAUACCAGUAACCGGGAAUGCCUCCCUACAGUACCCAAAAUCAGAACUUGCAGAGGUGGCCCCAAGUUCCAAGAAGGUUCCGCCUGGGAAAGCCAAAGGAGCUCGGAGGGCCGCCAGGUCAAGUCCCAACGGGAGCUAACAGGGAAGCCCCGGGGGGCGAGAGGGGUGUGUCAAGGGCCCGGAGGCCCGCUGGGGCCGGGAAGCCAGGAAAGCGGCCACUGCCUCCGCCUUCGCCCGACUUCGGGCGGCGAGCCAGGGCCCGCCUCUCACCGACGCCUCACUUCCCUUCCGCCCGGGCGACCGGGCCCGCGGGCCGGACUGGAGACCGCCGCGCCGGACCUCCACGUCCGGAGGUUGGGGUUUCCGUCCCAGCGCCUCCUGCUGCUGCCUCAGGCCCUCCGCUCGGGUUUGGGGACCCCGGGAUCCCCUUCUUCCCGACCCUCAGCCCAGCCCCGCCGCUCCGCCUCCCACCCGCCGCCUUUACCUGCUCCAGAAGCAGGCGGAGGGCGUCGAGGCCGGGGCCGCGUCGUCGAGUGUGCGACGCGGCGCCGCGGGUCCGCAGCCCUUUCCCGCCGCCACCACAGCGCUCUCCGGCGCGGCGCAGGGCUGGCGAGCGCGACGGCCGCCGGGGGGAGACGCGCGGCGGGCGCCUGGCGAGGAGACACUGCCGCUCUCCGUCCGGCCGGGGAAGAGCAGCCGCACAGCAGCCAGCCGCGAGAGGGCGGGUGGGCGGCCGAAUGGGGAGGGGUCUCGGAGAGCAGGGAAGGGCUGCCACGUCGCCCAGGUGGAUCGCUGCUCUCCGCCUCCCCCGCCCCCGCCGGCUUCGGGCCGCGACCUCUGGUUCGUCCUCGGGCUCAGGUGGGGCGCGUCGGACCGCCCCGCCUUGGCGGCCCCGGUGACCCCGACCCGCAGGCUCCCGCCUCUCCGUCUCCCCUCAGUGAGCAGGUCCCGGCCUGGCCCAUUCUGCCGUAUCGGGCCCGCCCUCCCCCGCCUCGAGCGAAAGCUUGA